AUGCGAUUCAUUUUUCUUCUAUUUCUAUUUUCUAUUGUUUUUUGUUGUGUUUUGGCUGAUGAUUCUGAUGAAAAAGAUAAGAAAAAGGAUAAACAUGAUGAGGAAGAUGAAGGAGAGCCAGAAGCAUUGAAGCUGGAUGAGAAAAGCGUGGAUGAAGAAGAAGAAGAUUAUUAUUUCGUUGAUCCCGAUGCGAUGAUUGAAAAAGUCACAUCUGCGCCGACUCAGAAAACAGAAAUGCCCCCAAAUUCCCUGAACACCGCUCAACCAUCGGCUCCGACAACAACAGAAGAACCACCGUUGGGAUUAUUCGGACCGGGUGGAUUGUUCAGCAGAGGUUCGGAGGAGAAAUCGGAAACCCCCACCACCACGACAUCAGAACCAUUAGUUAUUGGUGGUCAAGGAAUGCCGUGUGGAAAUACGAUGAUUAGCAACCCGGUUGUCGAAUUUUGGGAUCGAGUUUUGAUGUUUUUGUCAUUCCCGAUUGUUUUUUGCUUUAUUGCGGCGACCACUGAAAUGUUUGGAACUAAGUCAUGA